AUGGCAGUUGUACAGUUCCUCAAGGACAAUUUCAUUCCUCGAAUGCCCAAGGAAGACGGAGCAAUCGAGAUCAUAGACCCCAGUUCAAUUGCUGCUCUCGAAAAGCAAAAGCCCCAAAACGAUGAUGAUGCUUCAGUGUACACCAGGUCCACUACAUCAACGGCAGCAAAGGAGAAUGUCUUGCACCGUUCUUUGCACGGGCGUCACGUGCAGCUCCUCGGGAUUUCAGGUACCAUCGGGUCGGCCCUUUUCGUGGCUAUAGGAAAAGCCUUGGCCAAGGGUGGGCCAUUGAAUUUACUACUUGGGUUUAUUGUAUGGUCGAUUCCAAUUCUCUGUAUCACCCUUUCUACAGCAGAGUUUGUCAGUUAUAUGCCCAUCACCUCCCCUUUCGUAAGAAUGGCCGGGAGGUGCUGUGACGAAGCUUUGGAAAUUAUGACCGCUUGGAAUUUUUGGUUCUUGUGCUGUGCAGAGAUUCCAUUCGAGGUUGUUACCGUCAAUUCUAUUAUACAUUUUUGGAGAGAUGACUUUUCGGCAGCCAUACCUUUGGCAAUCCAAAUGGUACUUUACUUCUUUAUCAACGUGUUUGGAGUGGCUAUUUAUGGUGAAACUGAGUUCUGGUUGGGAUUGGGAAAAAUCGUCUUAGCUUUGGGUUUAAUCUUCUAUACCUUCGUCACCAUGGUGGGAGGUAACCCCCAGCAUGAUGUAUACGGGUUCAGAUACUGGGUAGACCCUGGUGUGAUGAAUGAAUAUUUAACUACUGGUUCAUUGGGAAGAUUUGAAGGGUUUAUGGCGUGUUUGAUCCAAGCUUGUUUCAUGUUCGCUGGUCCCGAAUACGUUUCGAGUGUGGCAUCUGAAACCAUCAAUCCUCGGAAAACCUUACCGUCUGCUUUCAAGCAGGUGUUCUACAGGUUGUCAGUUUUCCUCAUUGGUGGAGCUCUUUGCGUGGGGAUUGUUAUUCCUUAUAAUGAUCCAACUUUGUUGGAGACCUUGGGGGCCAGUAAACCUGGUGCUGGUUCGUCACCGUAUGUGAUCUCGAUGCAGAACUUGGGAAUCUCGGUAUUACCGCACAUAGUCAAUGUUUUAUUGGUGUCUUCAGCGUUUUCUGCCGGUAAUUCGUAUACUUAUUGUUCGUCCAGAACGCUAUACGGAGUGGCUCUUGAUGGAUAUGCACCCAAGUUCUUGACAGCUACCACCAAAACAGGAAUUCCUAUUUACUGUGUGUUGAUUUCGUUGUGCUGGGCACUCCUCUCGUUUUUACAAAUGGGAGAUACAGCAUCGCAAGUAUUAAAUUGGAUCACUAAUUUAAUCACUGGCUGUCAAUUGAUCAAUUUUACCAUUCUAUGUGUGGUUUAUGUGUCCUUCUACUAUGGAUUAAAGGCUCAAAACAUUGACAGGGACACGUUACCAUUCAAAGGUUGGUACCAACCGUGGUUGGCGAUCAUUGGAGGAAUUCUGUCGUUUACGAUGAUUUUUGUAUCCGCUUACACGGUGUUUAUGCCAGGAUCCUGGGAUAUUCAGACUUUUUUGUUCAGUUUCUUAUUGUUGUUCGUUGAUAUUGCAAUAUUUGUGGGGUUCAAAAUUAUCCGAAGAACAAAAUGGAAAAAGAGUAGCGAAAUCGAUUUGGUGACGGGCCUCCGUGAAGUGGAGUUACACGAGCAAGCGUACUACGCUGAACUUGAGAGGCGUCAUAAGUUGGUCGAUGGACACGUGAAAAGAAAUGUUUUCAAUAGAAUCAUCACGGUUAUUUUUGGAAGUGAGAUGAGCUAG